UGUCUGCUGUAGACCACGACAAUCGCUAGUCAACGUUGUCAACGAUGAGCAAGCUUAACGCAGGCGCAUUCGAGUUCGUUCCAGGUCGUGCAUUCGGAAUACCUCAACAAUCACCACCACGCAAACCUCCCGUCGAACGCCCACUCCAAACUGAAGCUCCACCUCCACCUCCUACCAUCACCCUUAACAUCGGAGGAUCAAACCCACCCGCUGCUCCUAAGCCAGCACCUGCUGCUCCUACACCGCAGCCAAAAGUUGCUCCUCCCCAACAGCCAAAACCACCUUUACCACUGUCUGUGUCUGCGAACACCACACCACCACAAUCUUCCUCUCCUGCACCCCCUACUAACAAGGUCUAUUCCACAGAACGAGCCAAGACAGACACUUCCACCAUCGCAAAGGAGGUCCAGGCUGCUGCAGAUAACGAGGUCCUCAAGGAUCUUUUCGGCGAUGUCAAAGAACAUUUAAACAUCGUCUUCAUCGGCCAUGUCGAUGCUGGAAAAUCAACACUGGGCGGAAACCUCCUAUACCUUUCUGGUGGUGUCGACAAGCGCACAAUGGAGAAAUACGAGAAGGAGGCAAAAGAAGCUGGCCGUGAAACAUGGUAUCUUUCCUGGGCUCUCGAUAGUACCCCUCAGGAGCGCGCAAAGGGGAAAACCGUCGAAGUCGGUAGGGCCUACUUCGAGACUGCCACUCGAAGGUACACCAUUCUAGAUGCCCCAGGCCACAAAACCUAUGUUCCGAGCAUGAUUAGCGGCGCUGCACAAGCAGACGUCGCAAUCCUCGUAAUCUCCGCACGCAAAGGUGAAUUCGAAACUGGUUUCGAAAGAGGAGGCCAGACCCGCGAACACGUCAUGCUCGUUAAAACAGCUGGCGUCAGCAAAGUCGUUGUCGUUAUCAACAAGAUGGAUGAUCCAACCGUCAACUGGGACCGCGGCAGAUACACUGAGAUCAAGGAUAAAUUAACCCCAUUCAUAAAAGCGGCUGGAUUCAAUCCCAAGACCGAUGUCACCUUUAUACCUGUCUCUGCAUAUACGGGUCAGAAUCUAAAAGAGCGCGUGGCCAAGUCGAUCUGCACCUGGUCGGAUGGCCCCGCCUUCCUUGAACACAUGGACCACAUGCCCAUGGUCGACCGCAAGGUCAAUGCUCCUCUCAUGAUGCCCGUCUCCGAAAAGUAUAAAGACAUGGGCGCCAUCAUCGUCGGCAAGAUCGAAUCCGGACAUUUGCACAAGGGCGACCCCCUAACCCUCAUGCCGAACAAGGCCGCUGUUGAAGUCGCCGCUAUUUACAAUGAGAUGGAAGACGAGGUUCACAGUGCGAUUUGUGGUGAUAAUGUGCGCGUGAGACUGCGGGGCGUGGAAGACGAAGAUAUCAGUCCCGGAUUCGUCUUGACGAGCCCGAAGAAUCCUGUGAGAGCGGUGAGGCAUUUCGAGGCGCAGCUUGCAAUUCUGGAACACAAGAAUAUUAUCUGUGCGGGGUACUCGGCAGUCAUGCAUGUGCAUACACUUUCCGAGGAGGUUACACUUGUGGCUCUGCUACACUACUUUGACAAAGCUACCGGACGCAAAUCGAAGAAGCCGCCUCAAUUUGCGAAGAAGGGCCAGAAAGUCGUAGCACUCAUAGAAACAACCCUCCCCAUCUGUGUUGAGCGCUUCGUCGAUUAUCCUCAACUCGGUCGUUUCACGUUGCGUGACGAGGGGAGAACGAUUGCUAUUGGGAAGAUCACAAGACUCAUUGAUGAUCGCGUCGAUGAGGUCACAGAGGGUGUGGCGCAUGUGUCGGUCGCCGCGUAAGAUGAUUGUAUGUAGUCACAAGCUUACACUGUCGUUCUCACCCGUAUGUCCCCGACUCGUACCGCACUUUGCCCACCUUCUCUGGUUCUUAUGCCUUUCAUCCAAACACAACUUCCGAAAAUUCCAUAUAUUCAAUAAUCCGAUGUCCAUUCAGCGUUACAAUAGAUUGAGGCGAUACCAAGAAGAAGGAAAUAAGAAGCCUGGCAGAUCUAACGGUUGCAGUAGAUCGUUCAAUACUGUCACUGGAUGUUGUAAUAGAACUACGCUGUGGAUCUGUUUGUUGUGCUUUCAAUGUUUUCAUUUAUUAUGUACUAUCAUGGAGUAGUUGUGGGUGCAUGGCAGUCUUUUUGAACACGGAUGACGGCGCUCCCUG